GAGCAAAAAAUCUUGAAGAUGAAAGCCGUGAAAGAAAAAGAACUUAGAGAUCUUAGAAGGAAAACACCUCAACAGUUGUGGAUAGAGGAUUUAGAUUGUUUUAUUGAAUCUUGGGAUAAUAUUCUAAGCCAAAAACAAUUUAUAACAAGGGAAGUCCAAGUGAAACCUACUGAAACUAUUGAAAUUUCGCCGAAAUCAAAGAAACGAUCAUUAUCUAUUGAUGAAUCAUCUGACGACAAAGUGGAAAAGAAACGACCAUUACUCAUUGGAUCGGUUGAUGACGCGAGAGAAAAGAGAAGAUCAUUUUCAAUUGAUGAAUCGUUUGAUAAUAAAGAUAUUCAUGAACUUAACGAAGAUAUUGAAGAAGUAAGUAAAGGUGCAUCAUUAAUUCAAAAAGAUAAUGAGAACCUUGAUAAAAGGAAGAAACGAGGUAAAGGAAAAAACAAUAAGGUGAAAAAUCAUGUGAAAAAGAAUGUUAUAUCUACGCCCGUUAUUAUUGACGACGAUGAGUAUGUGGAGUCUGAAGAGGUCUCAGAAAGACCUAAAAAACGUCCUCGUCGAUCAACCGCAAAGCAAAUGAAUUAUGUGGAAUUAUCUGAUGAUGAAAAUACUUAG